AUGGAGUUUGCGAACUCCACUCUUAUACAGGAUGUCAUCCCGGAGUACUCCUAUUCCGACUGUAGCAACAUGCUUGGGUUGGAAGACUUUUCACCCAAGCAUCAUGAGUUCCAGCAACGGCCUUCAGAGCUUGUGGACUCAAUCCAGAAAUAUCCCCUUACGCUUCCAAUACUGAAGCCCUUCCCUGACUGGACGGUUUGGCUUACGAGUCCGCUCUUCGCCGAGAUCGGCACAUUGCUAAAGACCUUUGACCAUAAAGUCGAGUCUAUCUUCUCAGGCAAGGCCUCAGAAAAGACCAUAUCUCGUGUUCCAGCCGACGCCGAAAGUCUUGUUGGAGCAGGCACUUUGACCACGGCGCAUAUGCUUAAUAUGACGACGUACCACAUCCUCAAAAAUCCGCCGAUCUUACGUAUAAUGUGCAUUGAGUUUGGAGUUGCGAUUCCCAACGCUGCCAAUAAUCCAUCGCUCCAAACACUCGAACAGCUUCCCUGCCUCACAGCAAUUCUGAACGAAGGCCUCUGCAUAUCAUAUGGCACGAUCCAUCGCCUACAACAUGUUCACCCCAACAUAACCCUGACCUUUAACGAAUGA